AUGGAACAGAAGGACAAUCCAGAGGAGGUGGAUGCUCGAGAGGAGGGCACCCGCUUCCGCCUUGCCGUCCAGCUGGCUCGUCAGAAGUCCUUGAUUGCAGAGCUGGCUCCCCAGGUCGAGCACACCGGGCGAGGCCGCCUGACACAGCUCCGGGAGGAACGCCUCAAGUCCCACGUCGGUCCAGUGCUGGGGUGGUAUGGUGAACGGACAGCCCUGCGCCUCAAGGCCCUUGAGGGGAUGAGUGCUGCCAUUCAGGAGUGCCGGCUGGAGGUCGAGUCUGCCAGGCAGCGGCAUGAGCGGUGCCUGCAAGACCAAGCAGCGGCCCAGGAGAGCCGACUGGGUCAGUGGGCUCGCCACGCCAUGGCCGCCGUCUCCCACGCUGCUGCGCACCAUGCCAGCGCGCGGGAGGCGGCCCUGGCCUACAGCCUGGCGCAGCAGGACGUCCGCAGCGCAGCUGCGGUGGCACAGUGCGUGGAGCGUGAGGCCUGCAUGGCGGCCAUCGUCGCCGAGCGCGAGCUGGCUCUGGCAAGGGCCGCAGAGGCGGGGGAGCGGCGGCACGCCACUGCUCGCGUCCUCUUGGAGCAGGAGAUAGGCAGGGUGGCUGUCAGGCGACGGAAGCUGGUUCAGGAGGAGGAGACGGCGGCGGCCUCACGGGCUGCGGUCCUGACCAGAGCCGCCAAGCGCCACGAUGCAGCCAAGCUUUUCACAGACAAGGCAGAGGCACGCCUGCAUGAGCUCCAAGCGGCGGCAUCUCGCUUGGAUCUAGGCCCCGGCGGUGCCGGCACGGGGGCUGCACUGCGUGUGCUGAGUGCUGAAGUCGCUGAGAGGCGUACCCAGGUGCAGGCCCUCCUGCUGACGAGGAACGCGCUCGUGACUCCAUGGAGAGAGACCUGA